GAAAAUGUGCUCAGGAAUGCGUUGUCAGUGUGUAUAAAUACUGAUCCUCCACAAUCACAGUGCAAGCACAGAUUCAAGCUGCAAGUGGAAACUGAAGCCUGGAGAACAUCAGCCAUCACUUUGAUACCUGAUCUGUGUCUGUUGGUUACCGUGCAACAACCAAAACAGCCAGAAUGCAUUAUUACGUUGUCCUCUUCGCUCUGCUCUCAGCCUGCGUGUUGGCCGAUGUCCAGCCUCAGUACUACUCCAUCUCCCCGGCCGUGGGCUCAGCAAGUGGCACAGAGUACAGCUUGACGGGACAUGGAAGGAUCACAGCUCUCAGAGUGUGGGACCAGAACGGCAACUACAUCCAAAGGGGCUUCCAGUUCCGUUACGGCUACAUCUGGUCCAAGAUUGUCGGUUUCAAAAGCGGGGAUGUCCAGGAGAUAGAGCUGUUUGAGGAUGAAGCCAUCGUCCAGAUCUCUGGAAAGCAUAGCCACUACGUUCAGUCUGUGGUGUUCAUGACCAACAAGGGCCGCUCGCUGAUCGCGGGUCAGCCCUCGGGGAGAUCCUUCAACAUGUAUCCCGAGAGCAGCAUGGCUGAGCUGCGCUUCCUCAGCGGGCGCUACCACGGAGGCAUCACAUCCAUGGGAGCUCACUGGGCCGUCGUUUAUGAGGCCUAUAACAGCACAGCUGUAGUCUGAGGAGGAUGGCAAAGGUUUCACCUGAAACCGAACAUAAUAAUUGCUUUAAACAUUUGUUUCUUUGUUAAACUAUUGUUCUUUGUUCAAAGCUCCAAAGUAUGAGUAAAAAAAACACAUCAGAGUACUCGACGUUUUUCAAACUUAUGCAAACUUAAGCCUACUUAUUUAAAAACAAAAAAACAACAAGUGAAGUAACAGAGGGGCAUUAAGGUGUUAUUUAUACUGUAUUAGAACCUGAACUGACCCUAGAUCAGUGCACGAUAUUGAUUAUCAUGUGAAAGAUUUAACCUCGUUUUUUUUCCUUUCAUUUAAGUUUAUAUUUUUUCAGAUCCAUUUCCUGUACUUCUUCUAAACAUGUAGCAGCUAAGCUGUUGAAUAAAAAUGCAUUUUU